AUGUUUCCACUUAUACAACGAUGCUGCUUCCGUACACCUUUCAAACUCCAGAAGUUAACUGGUCCCAGGCUACCACUGUAUGGAAGGAAUAAGACAACUUGCUCUACUCUCAGCCUCCACUUGCAGAGAGAUGUGUGUCUUCUCUCAAGAUCUCCAAGCCUGAGCCCAACAUCAGUAUAUGCAACUAAGCUCCAGGCUUUUCACACCUCUCUCCCCUUCUUCAAGAAGAAAACCCCCAAAGAAUCUGAGACCAAAGACUCGGGCGUAAUUAAAAAAAGCAUGGAAUCACUGAAGGAGUCUCCAAAGCCAGCCCUUUACAUAAGCUUGGCAGGGCUAAUUCCAUUUGUUUCUGUGCCACUGGCAAUGGCCAUCCAAGGCACCUACUACCCAGAGCUGGCGUUUGCUCAGGUUACAUAUGGUGCUGUAACAGUCUCUUUUCUAGGAGGAAUGAGGUGGGGGUUUGCUCUCCCAGACAACAGCCCAGCCAAGCCAGACUGGUUGAACCUGGCUAACAGUACAGUUCUUCCUCUACUUGCCUGGCAAGCCUUGCUUUUUAAAGAGAUAACUUCUGGUGCAAUAAUGCUAGUAAUAGCCUUAGGGGUAGCAGUACAUUAUGACAUUUCCCUUCUUCCUUCUUAUCCUAGGUGGUUUACUGUACUGAGGGUAGUGGGAACAGUGGUGAUGGUGUUAUCACUACUAGCUACUGCAGCACUGAAGACUUUCUUAGACAUGGUGUUUUUUAAAACCAGAGAAGAGCCUUUGGCUUCAGUCAGGGAAUCAGGUCCCGAGUAUCAGAGACCAUCAUCAAGUGACUUCAGAGUUUCCUUCAGCCAUGGUAUCAUCAACAAUAAAAACUGGAGAAGAAUAACACUGUCCAUCAAAGUUCAAGCAGUCUUAUUUCCAGACUUCAUCCAAAUCAUCCACAGCUGUGCAGAAAAUGCAAUCUUACUGUGCAAAAAGCAACCUCAAAAAAGGACAACCAAAGCCAACCAAAUAGCACAUCUGCUCUUACCCACAGAUAACUCCUGGCUUUCUAUAGUAGCCUACUUCCAGAUUGUAAGGCCAGCUAAAGAUGCUAGCUUUGGUGCACCCCAGAGAGCUAACAACCUGAGUAAUGUCUCUAACAUGCUGGAAUAA